UUUGGGAGAAUCCGUCUCUUCAUCAGCUGAAAAGGUUUUGUUUACUUCUCCCUUAGAUUAUUUUAAUUAAUUGUCUAUGAAGUUGGAAUUAUUCUCCCUUUUUUUUUUAUAAUCAUCGCUGAAUCUUCGUGAACCUCUCAAAAAGUUUUCUCUUUUUUCGUUUUCUGGGGUUUCGAUUGUUCUGUUUCCUUUACCAAGGUUUCCAACAAGACAUGGCUGCUUCCUCCGGUGUUGAAACUGAGCCGGAAUGGAUCAAAAGAGUCAAAUCAGAAGGAGCUGUUCCGUGUCUUAAGCUAGACAGCAAGGACUGCAAAAACAGUUGGACAACACCAUCUCCCAACACAUUUAUGGUCAGAGGACCACAUUAUUUCUCCGACAAGGUCAAAGUACCUGCUGGUGACUUCCUUCUAAAGCCUCUUGGUUUCGACUGGGUUAAAGGACCCACGAAGCUCUCUGAGAUCCUAAGCUAUCCAAGCAGCCGAAUCAGGAAAGCUAUCGAUGAGCAGUUUCAGACAGAGGAUGCUACUGCUAAGCCUUUUGUCUGGGCCUUCAAUCUCCAGCUUCCUCACAAAGACAACUACAGCGCCGUGGCUUACUUCGUUUCUACAGAGCCUAUCCUCCAAGGCUCACUCAUGGAUCAGUUUCUGAAAGGAGACGACGGGUUUAAGAAGUCGAGGCUGAAACUGAUUGCAAACAUCGUCAAAGGGCCUUGGAUCGUGAGAAAAGCUGUUGGAGAGCAAGCUAUAUGUGUCAUUGGACGUGCACUCUCUUGCAAGUACGUUUCGGGAGAGAAUUUUGUGGAGAUUGAUGUGGAUAUAGGGUCUUCGAUGGUUGCUAGCGCCAUUGUUCACCUCGCGUUUGGGUACAUUACGACGCUGACCGUUGAUCUUGCUUUCCUCAUCGAGAGCCAGACGGAUGCAGAGCUUCCAGAAAAGCUAUUAGGAGCUGUGAGAUUCUCCGAGCUACAGACUGACUCGGCUGUGUCUAUGGAACUGUCUUCGAGCACCAGCAAUGAGCGGUCUAGCUGGUGGAAAUCGCUUGGGAAUGGAUUCUCUAAUCUGCUUAAUCAAGAUACACCAAACAUGAACAAUACAUCCUUUGGUAAUUUACAAAGGGAUGAAGAUGUAAAGAAACCGUAACUGGCUUGAUAAUUCUUUUAGUUUCUUUGAUUUAAUUACAACUAAAACCUUAUCAUUUAACAUUGCAAAUGUAUAGAUUGUUUUUUUUACUAA